UGCCAGUCCUACUGGUCCUUUUUGCUGCGAAUUUGCGCCUAUGUGAGGUCAUGUACCGCCGCUGAUAAAAACCAACAUUGAAAUAUUAUCUUUGUUAAUACAGAAAUAUCAACCAUUUCGGAAGUGAUGAUGGGCGGUAAAUCGAGCACGAUAGCCGCCGGUGUUUGCGGGGCUCUGUUCGUCGGCUACUGCAUCUACUUCGACAGGAAAAGACGGAGUGACCCCAACUUCAAGAACAGGCUGCGAGAACGUAGGAGAAAUCAGGCAGUUGCAAAACAGGGGACAGGACUGUCAAAGCUCCCAGACCUGAAGGAUGCUGAGGCGGUCCAGAAGUUCUUCCUGGAGGAGAUUCAGCUGGGAGAGGAGCUGUUGGCUCAGGGAGACUACGAGAAUGGCGUGGAGCACCUGACCAACGCCAUCGCCGUGUGCGGCCAGCCCCAGCAGCUGCUCCAGGUGCUGCAGCAGACCCUCCCGCCACCAGUCUUCCAGAUGCUACUCACCAAACUGCCCACCAUCAGCCAGCGUAUUGUGAGCGCACAAGGUAGCUUGAAUGAAGACGACUUAGAAUGAGGAUCGUCGAUGGAAAUUUCCCCUCGGAACGCUCUUCCUCUGGACCCUCCUAUAACAGAGCAGGGUGAAGUUGCCCCUAGAUGCUGAUCUUGGGUCAGUUUUGUAUUUUCCCCACUAAUGGUUAAGGUUAGGAUUGGGGGAGGGGAAGGUGAUCCUAGAUCUGUACCUAGAGAAAAGUUCAUCCCGGAGCUCCUAUAACCCCUUAUCCUGACUAGUCUAGAAAAUUGGUAAACUUUUUUUUUUUGUUACUCACUUUUUGGAGGGUAUUGAAGAUAUUAUUUCGCUUCUGUCCUAAUCAAAGAAAGAAACAUGAACCCGUCCAAUUCCCACACGUUGUGUGUAACUAUUAUUCGCAUCAAAUGACCAUAUAAUCUUGAUUUGCAGCCAAGCUGCGGUAACUGCAACCAAUCAAAAAUGCCUAUCGGGCAGCAUUUUAUUGGAUUCAUGUGCAGUUAGAAAAAUAAAUAGUUUUGUUCUCUUAGAUGUCUUUUGUCUCUGAAAGGUGUAGCAAAACAUUUCUCAGCAUUUACAAUACCAUCGCUGCAAUCACUCCCAUGUUUACACAAAGCUCUGGGACCAUAUGUAUUAAGCGUUUUGAGUAGGAGUGCUGAUCUAGGAUCAGGUCCCCCUCUACCCAUGCAUUCUUAUUAAUUGUGAUCUAAAAGGAAAAACUGAUCCUAAAAAAAGCAUUCCUACUCUGAGGCUUGAUACAUAUAGCCCCUGUAUUAACCUCUUUCUACAAACUUCUUAGUUGCUUCAAUGUAUUUAAGUUAUUGUUUUGUUUUCCGUCUGACAUGGAGAUACUUUUUAAAGUGAUUGAAUGUUGUUCAGUCAUUAAGAGGUUGGUCCUCUUUGUAAGGAAUCUAAAUAAAAAGGUAAAUGAUUCAA